CGAGCGGCUGUGGGGACCUCAUGAACACGCGAACACAAUGGCGAGGAUGAAAGUGAAGUUUAAUGAUUAAUGUUAACGGAUAUAUAAGUGGCAAACAGACAUUAAGUUAACGGAGUAGUAGUCACACAGGAUCCAGAAGACAUCAUGAUGUCUUUAAGGCGAUUGUUUACAACGUUACGUGGACGCGGGAAGCACGAGUGUCAUACUGCAACACGUGCAACCUCAUGCAACUAUCAGCUGCUGCAAGACUGCAUGGAGCUGAAGUAUGGUGGUGUUGUAAUGCACUUUGACUAUGUGUGGCUGAGAGAUCAUUGCCGGUCAGCUUCAUGCUUCAACUCAAAAACCAACCAGCGAAACCUGGACACAGCUGGCAUUGAACUGAACAUCAGACCUUCAAAGACCAGAGUGGAUGAAGAAACCCUCUUCCUAACAUGGCCAGACGGUCACGUUACGCGCUAUAAUUUAGCAUGGCUGGCUCAGAACAGCUACGAGGGCCAGAAGAAAAGUGCCGUACAACCUCGUAUUCUGUGGAAUGCAAACAUCUACAGUGAUGCUAAAGUGCCCUCUGCUAGCUGGGAGAAAUUUAUGAGCUGUGAUGAGGAGCUCAAGAUCUUCCUGAAUAAUUUCCUGCUUUAUGGAAUUGCCUUUGUGGAAGAUGUGCCAGCGACCCUGGAGGCUACGGAGAUAGUCAGUCAAAGAGUGAGCCUUAUCAGGGAAACCAUGUAUGGACGGAUGUGGAAUUUCACCUCAGAUUUUUCGCGUGGGGAUACAGCUUACACAAAGCUGGCAUUGGACCGCCACACCGAUACAUCAUAUUUUCAGGAACCCUGCGGCAUACAGGUGUUUCAUUGUCUGAGACACGAGGGCACGGGCGGCAGGACUCUCCUGGUAGACGGUUUCCAUGCUGCCGACAGAGUUCUCCAGCAAACACCUGAGAACUUCCAGCUGCUCUCUCAUGUGCCGAUAAAACAUGAGUACAUCGAGAACGUCAGUGAUCAUCGCAACCAUAUGAUCGGCAUAGGCCCGGUGCUCGAUGUUUAUCCAUGGAACAACGAGGUUUACAUGAUAAGAUAUAACAACUAUGACCGUUCUGCCAUUAACACGGUCCCUCAUGAUGUGGUUCAGCGCUGGUACGUAGCUCACAGGCAUCUGACCACAGAACUGAGGAGAGCAGAGAAUGAACUGUGGGUCAAACUCAAACCAGGCAAGGUCUUAUUCAUUGAUAACUGGCGUGUGCUGCAUGGCAGAGAGUCUUUUACUGGUCUUCGGCAGUUAUGCGGGUGUUACCUGACCAGGGAUGAUGUGUUGAACACUGCCCGCUCUCUGGGUCUCCAGGCCUGACAGCUCAAACAUCAACUACAAAUGUGUAUAUUUCUCAAGAACAGCAGGAGAGGAGACCACAGUUGGACAGGACACAAUAUCACUUUUAGACUUUGAUAAUGAAGGUUACAGUUUAGUUUUCCAUUUGUAGAAAUUAAAAAAUAAGACAUGCUGUGAUUUACAGGGAUGAUCGUAUAGAUUUAAGGGGCCUCAUUUAUAAAGCGUGCGUAGGCACAGAUUUGAUCGUAAAGUGUGCGUACGCAAAAUAUUUAUAAAAACUGUCUUUGACGUGGAAAAGUGCUUAGCGCCACGUCAGGGUCUGAGCAGACGUACGCACUUUUGCUUGUCUGAUUGCUGCAGAUUUUUGGAAAUAUAAGCCAUUCUUGCUAUUUGAAAUUGUGUUUAAACAUUCACAAGCACUCUUUAAUAUGUCUAUGACAUUAAUUAGGCAUCGUUUAAAGGCCAAGAUCUGAAACUGCUCAGCUGCGCGCACAAGUUCAAGUUCAUUUGCGAUUUAUAUAUUUGAAUGGGGUACGUGUGUUUUCUGCGCGUAUGUUCAGUUUACGAAUUACACGUACGCAUUUUUGUUAAAUGAUCGUAAUAUCAAAUGUAGGAUGGUUUUUAAGCAGCAUUUUAUAAAUGAGGCCCCAGAUCUGGCAGCAAAUGACAUGUUUGGUAUCAGUCUUUGUCAGUCACAUGUGUUUAUUAUGUAUGACGUCGCCCAUUUUGAAGGUAUUGUUACUGACAGCAGAAAAAGAGAAGUCGUUACAGAUAAAAAGUAAACAUAAAAAUGGAGACGCGCAAAAAAACAUCCGAAAAUCCAAUGGCAUGAUAAAUUAACCAAAAAUGUCAGGGACUGUUAUACGGAUAAACUGGGUUCCAUUUAAAUCCAUAUGAACUGACUGUAUUAAGUUAAGGAGUGCCUAUUCCAACCUCAUACUUGGAUACCAUUGUUUACGGUGCAAGUGCAUAUACCUGUAAACAAUUUAAAACUUAUAAAUCUCUUAUAGCCCACAGAGAUUUCACCAAUGGCUGGGUACAGGCUUUAUUAUUAUUUCGGCCUAGGGACUCAUCAAAGUUGAGACGCUGUAGAGAUGAUAAUAUCAUAUAAUAUACAGAUAUCAUCUGUUGCUGGUUAUAGAUCGUUUUGUUAUUUCGAACAUGUUAACAUUAGUGUAGGAAUUUCCGUGUCAUCCAUAGCUUUUGUUCCAAGUGGCAAACUUAUUUCUUAAAAGCGGGAUAAAAUCUUUCCUGGUGGCAAAUGUUUUUUUGAAUGUUUUUAUCAUGUGACUUAGUAUUACCACCUUUCAACACAACAAAACCGUACCAUUUUAUCUCAGAAAUACAGCAAAUGAAAAAGACAAUUCUCCAAAUACAUGAUACCCAUAUGCACCCAUAAUGCACUUCGACUCUCACAAGUGUGAUGUCACCUGACAAAGACCAAUAUACUGCUCUGUUUAUGAUUCUUUAUUGUGUGUAGCUUUUUAACAUCUUGCUUUUGAAAAUCAUCUCAAAUGAUUGUUUGCACAACAAAUACCAAUGUUACCUCUUGCAAAUAAAUUCUUUGCAUUUG